AUGAUCCCGCGCCCACAGCGACGCAAACCUGGCCAGGCAAAACCGCGAGAUAAUGGUAAAUAUUGUACAUAUCAUGAGGAAUCUGGCCACCCCACCAAUAUAUGUUGGGCACUGAAAAAUGCUAUCGAGCACCUCAUUCAGAGCAGCCAACUCUCGCAGCAUCGCAAUCCCUCCACAGGCGCUAACGCCAUUGAAGUCUACGGACAAAUCUUAACGAUACACGGCGGCGCCCCAAGGGCACCCGAGACUCAUCAUGCACAGAAACUCCAAUGCCCUCGGGCCCAAGAGAUAUUGGGGCUCAGCCACAGCUGCCACACCUCGCAGGUAGAAUGGGACUCAAUUGCCUUUAAUAGCAGCGAAGACACCAUAAAGAAGCACCAUAACGACCCUUUCUUGAUCACCAUGAUCAUCGACCACUAUCGAUGCCAUCGGGUCCUGGUGUACAAUGGCGCGGUGGUCAGUGUCAUGUUUGGCAGCUGCUACGAAGGCCUCAACCUAGACCACCAGCCCUUGAUCAUCUUUGCAAGAGAAAUGACACAACCCCUGGGAUCCGACAACCUGCUGAUCACACUCGGAGGAGGCAAUACUAUCGCCACUAUGACAACGCAUUUUAUUGUUGUCGACUGCCCUUCCUCCUACAACAUCAUCUUAGGGCGUGACGCCAUCUGGGGACUCCAAUGCUUUGUGGCAGGACACAUGUUAAUGAUGAAGAUACCCACCCUGGGAGGCAUCCUCACCAUCAGAGGCGAUCAGGAGCUGGCGAGAUAG